CUUGUUCCAGUGAUCAGUUUAAUUCCUGAACUCGUACCGAGUAGUUCAUCCGAGUUAAUCAUGUCCAGAUUGGGCGUUGUUCUAGUGAGUUUCUGUCUGAUUAGCCAGUUCUACGGUGGAUUGGGUCAGGAUCAGUAUCAUUACCAGGGCUAUGGCAAUGAAGGAAUAGCCCAAAGCCCCGGCUUUAGGCCACUGAUUAACGCAGCAGCAAGACACUCACGGAUUUCGUGUAAGGAAAAUGCGAUCAAUUACAAUUGCCUUUUCAGAGAUGUUCAUAUCAGCGACACAGAAACAGUAUCGCUAAGCCGCUUUGCCGAUUAUGAACAACCGUACGCCACGAACUAUACAUCACUGGCGUUUGUGGACUCGAGUAUCAGGCGAUUGCCGGUAGAUCUGUUGCGAGUAUACCCGAACACCGAAUUGCUCAACCUUCAGGAUCUUCAGUUGAGAGUGAUCGAUCGCGAUGCCUUCAUGCAUGGUGCGCAUGUGCAAAAGCUGUUCCUAAGCUUCAACAGCUUAUCCCAGCUUGAACGAGGCGUGUUCAACACUUUGCCUGCCCUGGAUGCAAUACAUAUGAAUAGAAACCAUCUUUCGCUUCUUCCGGAGGGCUUGUUUGACUACAACGAGAUGUUGGUCAGUGUUUCGAUAACACAUAACGAUCUUAAGCGCAUCGAAGAUAGCACCUUCACCUACAAUCCUCAUUUGGAGAGUGUUAAUGUUUCUAGCAACAGUAUCGAACACUUUGAACUGAGUUUACUUACUGCAGCUAUCGAAAUUGAUGUUAGCUACAACCGGCUAAAGCAAAUCAAGAUUCCGGCAAGGUUGGAAAAUCUGUUUGCCUCCCAUAAUCACAUCGACCACGUAACACCGAAUGGACAAAACAGGGAACUGAAGGUGCUCGAUCUGUCGAAUAACAAGCUAACGACCGUUUCCUGGGCAUCGAAGUACCCGGAACUGGAAGAGCUCGAUCUGGGGCACAACGAAAUUGAAGAUGUCAAGCAUAACCAUUUACCAACACAAAAGCUGAAGAAGCUGUUGCUGAACAACAAUCGUCUUUUCUCCUUCGACGUCUCUAAGGCAACAAACAUACAGCUGCAAGUGUUGGAUCUGUCGUACAAUCAGUUGACGUACGUGGAGAGUAGCAGUAAGAAGUUUGACAGGCUACAGCAGCUAUACCUGCACAAUAACGCUAUCGUGAAACUGGAGCUUCCAGCCAAAAACAUGCUACAGAAUAUCAGCCUAUCCAAUAACGAUUGGGAUUGUGCGAAUCUAAUCGCACAGCUCGAUCUGAUUGACCCAUCGGCUAUCCUGGAUGAUAACGAGUCCUCAUGCCAACAAGGAUACAUUACGGAGCGUCGGUUGUGCUGCAAGCAAACUGCCAAAGCGUAUCUCGAUCGGUUGUUGGUAGAGAUCCGGCAGAGAAAUGUGUUUGAAUUGGCCAAACGAAUUCAGUGCGAUGAUUACCAGAAUGCGGUCGUGGAUAUUGACAAGUUGAAUGCGGCUCUGGCAACGGCCCCCGUGCAGUCGCCCGAAACGCUCAGGACCGAAGUCAACGCUUUGACAUCGGCAGUCACAUCCUUAACAGCUGAGAAAGACUCCAACGAACAGCUACUCAACACUUUAAAUCAAAACCUACUCUACAGCUUGGACCGAUAUGGUGUAGAGUAUGUAGGCUUCGAUACACCUCGAAUGAUGGCGGACAAAUUGAUGACGAAGCUGGAGAGUCGCGAUAGGGUCCGCAAAACCCAAACCGUUGAACAAUGGGAAUCAACUAAUCUUAAGAACGCCGAGAGAGAAGAACUAAAAAGUCUCGCUGGACAGCUGGAAAUCGUUUUAAGCAACAAAAAGGCAGCCAUCACUAACGUAAAACAAGAAACUGCAAAAAUUAUGCAGGAAGUCAAGAAACUCCAAGCCAGACUGAACGCCAACGCACGUUCAAGCCAGAUAUACGCCAAAACUGCAAAGUAGUAGCGCCUUGUCGACAUUUGACGCGAUUACCUGGUUUUAUAUCACACAGCGAUGGGACUCCACGUGACAGUGUGCCUUUUUGAGGAUUUUCAAACAAGAAUAAAUUAAAAGUUUUAUGCA